ACACAAUUAGAAGGACAAGAGACGGCUGUCACUAGCAGAUAUGUCUGACAACACAGAUGAUACAACACCUAAUGAUGCAACAUUGCCAGAUCCUGAAGAGGUUGUUUCUGACCCCGAGGAACUCGAAAUGGCUGAAGAUUCGCCAAGAAGCACGGCUGCUGAAAUAUCUGUAACAAGCAAUGGAGACAUUGAUGACACCUCAGAUCACAGCUUUAAUCUGGACCUAAAACGAUCAGUGCCAGCAGGACUUGGUCUUUCCGAAACUCGAAUGACUUCACAUGGCUUUGAUGGCGAUAAAGAAGGAAUCAUUGAAGCCACACCUUAUCAAAGUUCCUUCUCCACACCCAGGUCUCCAGUAAUUUCCCCUAGCAGCACAGCAGCUAGCAGACUGGCUGGACAAGGAGAUGAUUUAAUUGCUCCGACAGGUGAUAGUCACAAAACACAACAGAGAAGUGGCCCUGUUGUCCUCUCUGAAGAUCCAAGGAGUACAGCUAUAGAAAAAUUUGAGCUUGUAAGAAGAUGGAGUUUAAACACCUACAAGUGUACACGCCAGAUCAUCUCUGAAAGGCUAGGCCGUGGCUCAAGAACUGUAGACCUGGAGCUAGAAGCACAAAUAGAAAUCCUAAGAGACAAUAAAAAGAAGUAUGAACAUGUACUGAAACUGGCACAGACGCUGUCCUCUCAGCUCUAUCAGAUGGUGCAGACCCAGAGGCAGCUGGGAGACGCCUUUGCAGACCUUAGUUUAAAGUCUCUGGAGUUGCACGAGGAAUUUGGAUACAAUGCAGAUACUCAGAAGCUUCUUGCCAAGAAUGGAGAAACACUACUUGGGGCCAUCAACUUUUUUAUAGCGAGUAUAAAUACACUAGUGAGCAAGACAAUUGAGGACACCCUUAUUACUGUGAAGCAGUAUGAAACAGCCAGGGUUGAGUAUGAUGCUUACCGUACAGAUUUAGAGGAACUAAAUUUGGGGCCACGUGAUGCCAUUACCAUGCCGAAAAUUGAGCAAUCGCAGCAGCUUUUCCAAACGCACAAGGAAAAGUAUGACAAAAUGCGAAGUGAUGUCUCCAUCAAACUAAAGUUUCUUGAGGAGAACAAGGUGAAAGUACUUCACAAUCAGCUCGUCUUGUUCCAUAAUGCAAUAGCUGCCUACUUUGCUGGAAACCAGAAACAGCUUGAACAAACUUUGAAACAAUUCCACGUGAACUUGAAAACCCCAGGAGUAGAUGCACCAUCCUGGCUGGAAGAACAGUAAUCCAACCCGAAACCCAACCAACGACCUCUGAUCAGGACCAGUUCAUUUAUUUGGAGACGAGGGGCUGGGAUGAAAUGAUUAUCCUAAUGAUAUGUACACAGACCACUUUUAUUUUCCCUUUUUAAUACUCUAAAAUGAAGUUAACUGAAACAAGACUUUACUAUAUAUAAAGUGUAUAUCUGUUUCUUAAAGGACGCUCAUUUAUGUCUGUAUGGGGAUGGCAGUCUGUUUCUAUAGUAUGGAAAAUUUGUACUUUUGCACUGUCAGAAAAAGAAUGGUUGGCAUAAUAUUUGGCCAGUUGUGGUAAUUGCAAAGGGAGCUUUCCCUGAAUUGCACCGAUAACAUCCGAUUUAUUUUUUAUAUUCCAAUCUCUGAAACAUCUUUGAAGAAGUCACUUUAAUGUUAAUGUUGUGUUCUAAAAAAGUGCUGUUUUGUAAAGUGAUGAGUUUUACAUCUUGUAAAUAGAAAGUCUUUAUAGAAUAUCAUAUUAUGGGCUGCUAAGACUGUUUGUUAGUUUUCCUUGCUUUGACAACCACUCUUUUUUAUUAAAGUGAACCUGUCAUAUACCAAG